CAUAAGGAAACGCAUCAGUUCAGCGGUGAUGUUAUCUGUGAUGCUAAAAAUGACCCUCCAGCAGUCUGAGCCAGAUCCGCAGUUCAUACUAGAGAACAUGUUUGAGGCUGUGAUGGACAACAUUUUCUUACUGGUGCUGGUCACACUUCUCAGCGUCGUUCAGAAUGUGUUCUUCGCCUUAAAGGUUGAGAAAGAGUGCACGGGUCAACAUUCUAAACCUCAUUCAGCAGCCUUUGAGCGUUUGUCUUGUGCAAAUCGAAACUGCAUGGACACGUACCCCACAUUUCUGGCAGUACUGUGGUGCGCUGGAAUCUGUCUAAGCCAAGCUCCAGCUGCCUUUGCUGGCAUUAUCUACCUUGUGGUCCGGCAGAAGUACUUUGUUGGCUACUUGGGGCAGACUUGCCAGAGCACUCCUGGCUUCCUGUUCGGGAAACGCAUUCUCUUCUUCCUGUCACUCAUGUGUGCUGUGGGAAUCAUAAAUCACCUGAUGCUCAGCUACUGUGGCAGUGACUACAAAGAGUACAUCCAGACCAUCACCAAAGCAGCAUCAGCCCUUCUGCUGUUGCCCUGAACGGUUCAAUACAGAUUUAAAAGCAGCUGAAACCGUAGUGCAAGCACUAACCAAAAAAAAUAUUUUGGUUAAUGGUUUGUCAGUUAAUUAGAGGAAGUGGCAAGAAAACUGAGUGAAGCGUUCACAGUGAUGGUCACAAAGGCAUUUCAUUGCAAAAUGAUAUGUACACAUUACAAACCUUCAAAAAAUAACUAAAGAAAUAAAAAAGGUUGUUAUUACUAUUAAUAUUCCAGUAUAAGGUAUUUUAAGAAAUGUUUUAAGGGGGUCAUAUCAUGCAUCAGUUUUUUUCAUCAAGGUCAAAUAGUAAAGAUUUGUCCAAAAAAAAGUUUAGUUUUCAUACCUCAUUUCCCAUCUCUCUCUGAAUGUUAGAUUUGAACGGUCAGGUUUUUUGUUACUGUGCCUUUAAAAGUGACAAGUAAUGCUCACACACCGGAUUGCAGGUUUCCUGUUGUGUGAAAUAUAGUUUAGCAAAAUCUGCAUUACAUGACAGGAUUACAAACUAAUCAGUGCUGAAAUGAUUAGGUAUAGUAUAACUGCACGUUUCUAUCGAUUCUCUGGAGGUAUAUGCAGAGUGUUGGUGCUACACACCACAGUAAAUAUAUAAAAUUAGAGUAUAAUGAAAUGUUUUACUCUGUGUGAUAGCAGAAGUUGCGAAAUCCUUUAUUUGUUUGGCUUGAUUUUAGCUAUCCGGAAGGAUUCAAGGAAAAAAAUGUUUCCUCAUGAUAUGACUCAUUUAAAGCAAUGAAUGGAACACAUUCGGGCACUUUUGCUUAAAGUGACCCAUUUAAAAAAGUAUUGUAACUAUCUUCAGUUUGCUAGUUUACAAUGUGAGGAUGAAAAUCUUUCUGCUUCAACAGAAUUAUAAUUAUGAUUAAAUUCCAAUAACCUCCAUUUCUUUAAAAAAAAUGUUUUGUAUUACUGCUUACAUAAUAAAGAUUUAUUGAAAAUAAAACAGUCCUUUAAGGUGUUUUAACGGUC